CAGAGAAAGAUAAAAGACUCCACGCACCACGCUCCCUCCGUCUAACAGUUAGCUGCGCUUCGAUGCCUUCCUUCAGCCACUAGAAAAAUAAAUUGUUUCUGACACGCAUAUUUGUCGAGGAUUCGGUCGUACAAAUUUGGAUUAGAAAACCCCAAGCAGCUGUUGUCAGAAGAAAAAAAAGAUGACUACUAGUACAGCCACUUUGCCUCUUUCUUCGGCAACGCCUGGUUCUUAUUUGAUCACUCGUUCGAAUGGAAAAUCAUCUCCGGAGUCUAAAACGACGAUUAUGACGUUGAAAUCAGCGUCGUUUCCUUCCCCUUUAACCGCCGUCAAUGUUACUAUAAUCUCACGGAGGACCAUCUCCUGCCAAGCCGUCUCCACCGCUACCGUUGACAAGGACGAGAAAAACGCGUCGGUUUCGGGAUCGGCUGCAGCCGAAGAAGAGGCUAAAAUAGGUGCGAGGGUUAGGGUGAAGGUACCGCUCAAAGUGUAUCACGUGCCACGCGUGCCGGAGAUGGAUCUGACCGGUUUGGAAGGAGUGAUUAAACAAUACGUGGGUCUCUGGAAAGGGAAACGGAUUUCAGCUAAUCUUCCUUACAAGGUGGAGUUCCAAAAGGAAAUUGAAGGCCGUGGACCUGUCAAGUUCUUUGCCCAUCUUAAAGAAGAUGAACUGGAAUUCCUUGCUUAAAAUCCUGAUUUUUAUCCGUAUGCCAGGUUUAAUGCAUAUUAACAGAAAAGAUGAUGCUGAAGAUGAUUGGUGGACUUUGACAUAUUUUUACGGCAAUGGUGAAUUAAGGAAAAGACUGUACUCGUUGAAAUCUCAAAAGUGCUUGCCUAGCUGAUAAAGAAAGAAAGACAGGACCAUACAGAAUUAGACAAGAGGGCAAAUUUGAGUUGCUUUGGGAAAUGGCCCUCAUAAUGUUGGUGAGGGUGACCAUAGGUUAAUGGUGUGAAUCGAUUAGAAUCACUUGUCUUUGAUGUCAUUGCUAUAACUUCUUCACAAAAUGAACAUAAUUAUUGGGGAAUAAUUUAGAAACUGGAUACUAAAUUCUAAUUUACCAUUUUCUUACUUGAGAAUAUUACAUGGCAUCUCUAUUUGGUUUCUUGCUGAAGUUUCUAUGUUUACUGUGCAUAUUAUAACUUGUAUUCGUGAUUCAAAUUAAAAUCUGUAAUUAUAUUUAAAUAGUUUCCUAGAACUGAGUGUUCUGAGAUACUAUCAUUACUAUUAUGCAAUGGAUGUCUUGUUAAGUCCGUUCAUCUUGUUCAAUACUUGGUAUUCCUUGUGCAGAUUUAUCUACGUAAUUUCUUUCAAACUUUAUCGCUUUGGUUAUUUUUUCAUUACAUUGGCACAUUUCUGUGGCAUUAUCAUUUAAUUUGCUAUAAAGCAUGAUUCAAAGAAAUAAAUCUUACAUAUUGCAUGUUUUCAUAUGCCUCUUCUUUCACUCUAUUUGUUAAUUUUGUAAAAACAUUUCAUUCCUGAAUUUCUAUCCAC